UAGAUAUAUACUACCGCAUGAUCAAUCCCAUAAGUCUUAGUAUCAUAAGAGUCUGAUCAAUCUUCAUGGAGCAGAUUUCUGAAGGAGAUAUGGAAAAAGGAGCUUCCGAUCAGUCUUCCCAAGCAUCUGAUGAAAGCGACUAUGAUGAUAAUGAGUCUUCCGAUCAAAGCGACCAUGAUCAAUCUGAUGAAAGAUCCUUCAAACAGGUUUAUCAUUGUCGCCCUCUCUCUCAGAUUGAAAAGUCACUCCCAGAAAACGGCGACAAAAUCAUAAUGCCGACUUCAGCUCUCAUGCGUCUCCUCUGUUUCGAAAUCCAGUACCCCAUGCAGUUUCAAAUUGAAAACGAAUCUUCCGGGCGAGUUUCUCACUGCGGGGUCUUGGAGUUCACCGGCGAGGAAAACUCCGUCUUCUUACCAGUUUGGAUGAUGGAGAACAUGCAGCUACAAGAGGGUGACCGUGUGAUUGUGAAGAAUGUGAGGCUUGACAGAGGAACUUACAUGAAGCUGCAGCCCCACACCACAGAUUUCCUUCACGUCUCCAACAUGAAGGAUCUGCUGGAAGAUAUAUUGACGAACUUCUCUUGCCUGACAGCCGGAGAUACUAUCAUGAUCGACGAUAACAGUAAGAAGUUUUACAUCAAUAUAUUAGAGACCAAGCCUUCUGCUGCUAUAAAUAUUAUUGAUACAGAUUGUGAGGCGGAGUUUGCUCCUCCUCUAGAUUACAAAGAACCUGCAAAACCAGCGCCGGUCAAAGAUCAAGAGAAGCAAGCCAAGGAGAAAGGGAAGUUCGUACCAUUCCAGGGGUUGGCGAGGCGCUUGGGCGGGGAAAAUUCAGCAGAACCAGAAUUAUCUUCUGAACUGAAAGAGCAAGCAUUGGAUGCUGCAGCAGAUACAACGGCAACUCAACCAAAUUUAAGUUCGCGCAGACGUGAAGGAAAACUAGUGUUUGGUUCCGGUGAGACCCAGCCAAUGAAGAUCUCAAAGGAUGAUGUUCAAGAAGAAACACCUAAGAAAGAGGAACAGCAAUUUCGGCCAUUCACAGGGAAGAAGUAUAAAUUGACCGACUGAUUUGAUCUUAUUUUUAACAAGUUGAGGGAUAUAGCUCAUUUGUGUUUUUACUUUAAAUUUACUUUCAUUUAUCUAUUUAUUUAUUCGAAAAAAGCAUGCCCACUUCCAUGCAACCACUUGAUCUCAGAACCCAACAAUUUAGAUUUUGGUGAUCUGCAUGAUCUUAUGACCCCCAACAAUGUCGCAAAAUCCCUUCCAUUUUUUUUGUUCCCAUCAGAAAAGUAUCUACUGGCAACAAAUCAAUCCCAAGCUCUGUUUUGGAUAACUCCAUUCCAAAC